AUUUUGAUAUAAUUUUCACAUUCAAAAUAAUUUCGUAUUAAAAAAUAUUAUUGGUCAAAGUUGAUGGUCAUUGACCAAGAAAUGUCAAUUUGACGAACCUUUUCGGAACGGACGGAGUAUAUAAUAUAAAGUUUUUUAAAAAAAAUUCUUGGAGUCCCAAGACCCGUGCACAAGGUGGGUCCGCCACUGCAUACGCACAUUAUAUUUAUUUAUUUACUUAUUUAUUUAUUUCAAAAUUGUAUAGAUAGUAAAAUAAGGAGUAAAAAUAUCAAUGAAGGAGAAACUAAUAAAAAUGAGAAUGCUAGAUUAUAAAUAUUAUAUUUUUUAUUUAAUUAAUUUAUUUGUAUGCGUAAAUACAAUAUUAAUAAUUUUUAAAACAGAAAAUUUAUUUUCAACCUAAAUUGGAGCUCAAUUUCAAACAUCUUAUUCGAACUCAACCUAUAAACUUAGAGGGGUGUCCCCUGAUAUUCCCUGAUCUUUAACAAUCAAACAACCAUAACAGUGAAGAAGAAGCAAACAGAAAGAUAUCGAGAUAAUCAACGAAUCUGGUAUACCGUGUAAACUGACCGCUGCUCUCCCAGAAGAGAGAAAAGAGGCAAACCCAAUCUCUCUAUCUCGCCACUAUGCUUUUGAAGCCUCUCAAACCAUAGGGUUUCCAUAAGUUAGCCUCCUUUUAUAGGAGAAGUUGGCUAACUUAUGGAUUACAAAGAAGCUAAUGGGCUGAUACACAUUUGUGGCCCAUAUUACAAGUUUAACUAAUAACUACACAAAUACAAAGAUAUUUAAUUAGAUUGGACACCAUAAAAAUAUUCUUCAACAAUCUUCCCCUUGGUGUUCAAUCGUGUUGAAUCAGCAUUGCAACGCGAAUAUCUUUGUCUUUGUUGUUAUUCAGCUUCCUUUGUCUCUGAACUUGACUUCUUGAGAAGGCUUUCUCAAGAAAUCCUUGCAAUCUCCCCUUUGAUGUCUUCUUGGCAAUUUGAGCUUUGAUGCCGGGGGUUGAGGAAUCUUCCUUUGGCUUGCUUGUAAACCUUGCCUUCAGAAGUAGCUCUUGAUCAGCUUGAAUGAAGUUCGGUGGCGCCUCUAGAAUGAAUGUUCUUGAAGAAUUGCAGGGGCACAUGGAAAUCAUCUUCCGAAUUUGAGCAAGUGACCUUUGUCUCCUCCAUAAUGUAAUCUUUUUGACUAUUUGAAGUGAAUGCAUUUGAGGAUACCUUGUCGGUGGCACAGUGGAAAAAGAUGGUUGACUUGUGAGCGUAGCUGACCAUUUGAGGUGUAGAGAUAGAAGAGAGACGUUGAAAAUUUUGAUAGGAGAGAAGUGUCCGAGAAUGAUUUUUUGACAGUUAACAACAUGUGGACCACUCUCCCCCUCAUGUUGAUCCGAUGAAUCGGGGCUUCAUGCCUUUAUUCUUUUAUUAUGGGAAUCAAAAACAGAAAAACGAACAGAAAAUUAAAGUGAACAAACCCGGAUACACUGAGGUGUUCCGUUAACACAACAUCAAUGUAAACACUGAUGUGUGGUCUGUAUAAAAUGAUAGAAACAUUAAAGCUCUAACAGGACUUCCAACCAAUCAUCAUGAAGCAUUGGGAUAGAUGUCACUCUGGUUGUUAUUUGCAUGAUCAUAAAGAUUAGCAUGAGAUACUGUAGCCCCCCGGGGUCAUGUAGACACCCGUUAUCAUCACUAUAGAGAUAAACUCUAAAGCAAUGGUCUGAAGAUGUUGGUGAUUCUUAUGUUGCAACAACAGGACUUCCUUCCAAUCAUUGGUCUACAUCUGUAAUAGAUGAGCCCUAUGGAAGUUGUCGCAGAUCAUGAAGACCUGCAACUGACUCAAAAAAUGCGUCUGUGUCCUAGAAAUUUCAAAACAUUUGGGAGUGAGGUAACUAGACACGACGUGAGCAAUGAAAGUUCAGUGGCAUGGAGCUGAGGCCACUGUAGUCAGCAUCACUUGCCUCGGAAGGAGACAGUAAUGAGAGAUGCAGUUCCCCGUGAAAUAUGAUUAAACACGUUUCUGUUGAGAGACAAGUGAGUGGUCUUGGGUAGGGUUAAUCAUGCACUGUUGGACAAGAUGCAGUGACUUCUACUCGGGAUCUGAUUAAAUCAGUCCUGAACCUAUGAGGAUAGUCCAGAGUAUUUGAGUGGCUAGGAGUAAAUGUUCACUUCAUAGCAUGCAGUUGAGGUAGCAGACUCAGCAUUGAUUAUUGUUUUCUUGCUACUUGAGCCUUCUGCUUCCUAACGCUUAUAAUUUUCACUCACUCACUCACUCACUCACUCACUCACUCACUCACUCACUCACUCACUCACUCACUCACUCACUCACUCACUCACUCACUCACUCACUCACUCACUCACUCACUCACUCACUCACUCACUCACUCACUCACUCACUCACUCACUCACUCACUCACUCACUCACUCACUCACUCACUCACUCACUCACUCACUCACUCACUCACUCACUCACUCACUCACUCACUCACUCACUCACUCACUCACUUAAUCUCGGCUUUGUCCCUUGGUUAGGCUUAGUUGGGUUUACUAAGCCAUAUGGGCAUGAUCUCUCAUUUGUUUCUUGAUUUUCUCUCUGUACUCCCCCUCAACUGGAGCACUCAGUAUGCUUUGUCAUUGUUAGGCACUAUGGAGGAGAACAUUGAACACUCCCCCUAAAAUGUUGCAUCCUUUGAGAGAUUCCUUGCUUUGUCGGUGUAUGGCGCCAGGAGGAGAAAUCUGAAACCCCCCCCUCAGUCUUUAUAUUGGACUAAGUCAAAGCUGGUGAUAAUCGUGUAAUUUUCAUGUUUAUGUUUGUGUUUUUAACUGGUUUUGAUUGAUUGUUACUUUGGAAAUUACACAAUUUUGGUGUAAUAGUUUAGUUUGUAAAAUACUUGUAAAUUGUUUAGAUUAUGUUUAUUCCGAGCUCAAACAGGUCCAUGAUCACUCAAGGGACCGUUGGUGAACCCCAAAAGUGGAAGGAAGGUGCAAAAUCGCAAGACAAAAUAGGAGAUCCUGAUUUUUGGUCUAUACCGAGUCGGGUAUGACCUAUACCCGAUCGGGUAUCUAGUUGAAAUUUCAAAUCGGAUCGGAUCCGGGAAAAGGCAACACGCAGGAGGAUUUUUAGCCAUGUUCGAGUGUCCAUACCUGAUCGGGUGACCGACAUACCCGGUCAGGUAUGUCCCACUUUUCGAGCUUCCAGAAAGCCACUGAAGGUACCCGAUCGGGUGCCCUUGAUACCCGAUCGGGUACACACCCCUGCAUGCUCCAUUUUCCUAUAAAUACACCCCUAUGCUUCACACAAAAAUCACCAAUUCACAUAUACUUCUAUGCUCAGUCUAGAUAAGUUCUUUCUUUAUAUUUUCUUCAUGUCUAGUCUCCAAAUGAGGAGCUAAACUCUUCCAUCUUAGUUUUGCUACUUUGAAGCUUAAUGAUUUGUAAGUUGUUAGUUAUUUUCUUUAAUCUUCUUCCUUGAAUACUAAUUAUUUCCUAUUCAUAUUCCAUAUUAAUAUUUUGAGCAUUACUUAAAGGAUCAACUAGUUUUGUUUCAUAUAUUAUGAUAUUAAUUAUUACUAGAAUCAAUUGAUUAAUACGCUUGUUAUUAAUUCGGUUCAUUGAACGGUAGUAAACUUGAGUUAUUAAUGCAUGCGUCUCAUGGUUAAUAAUUUAAGGGGAAUUAAUUAUAUUGAUUAAACCAAUAAACCGCUUGUGUUGAGGUUAUCAAUCUCAAUCGUUUUCAUCUUAAGUUUAUUGCUACCAUCGGGUUAAUAUACGACGCUUGUUCUAUAUUGACUUGGUAGUAAGUUUUAUUAAUGAACGCGUCUCGUUAUUAAUAACUACCCUCGAUGAAUUGGAUAUACUCCUCGAUUGAGUAUUCGAGAGGAAGAUAGUUAAAGAUAUAACCGGGAUCGACGAACAUUUCAUUAAGUGGAUAAAAGCAAAACCAAGUCAUCAUCUCUAUUAAUUAAAACACAUAAGCCGUUCAUCUUAGUGUUAGUUACAUUAAAUCAAAUCAAACUCAACCCCCUGUAUUAUCUAUAUAAUAUAGUAAAAUACAAAAGUCCCCAAGAGGGAGAACAAGGGGUGUUGGGCGGGGAAAAACGUGUCUAAAAAAUAGAUGGCCUUAGAAUACAGAUGAACAUCUUUAAUAAAAUGCAUGCACCAAAAAAUAGAGGAGGGUUGAGACCUGAGGGUCGUGUUAAUAGUUAUUUGCAGGUACUAUCCACUCCAAAACGUAACACAUAUGAGGGUCUAGCAAGUUUUAACAAGUGUAAAGCUCAGUUGUCAUUCUUCAUUUUUAAUGAUAGUAAAUUGGGAAGCCAGAACGUCUCUUUAAACACAUUAUUAUAUCAAUGGUUGUAACAUUAUGUACUUUUGAAUCAUGCCCAAAAUUCAUAAAAAUAUUCUACAUAAUACUACGUACACAUUAUUAGAUCAAUGGUAGUGUGAAAUACUUCAUCCUUAUCUUUAGAAAAAUUCAUACGGAAUAUUAGUCAUUCUCAAAAUUUGUAUGACUCUAUCAUAUGGUUAAGAAACUGACGCAAAUUGAAAAUUGGUUUGGUUAGUGUUUUUUUGAUAAUAAUUGGUUUGGUUAGUUAAAAAAUAUUAAAUGGACAAAAACUGAAAAUACAGUCCAUAAUAGGGCUGGAAACACUCUGGUGACACAGGAAACGCUGGUUCAAGAUGAUUUUUUAUUUUUAUCUAAUAAAAUUACAAUACAAAUAACACAAAAAAAAGUGUAUAUGGAAUUAAAACCAUAUCAAAUUAUCACUCCGUAAAAUAUAUGUAAGCUUAAAACACAAAUAACAUUAUCUAUAUAUAUAUAUAUAAUCAUAAUAACAAAAUAGUGGGAGUGGAGUUUGGGUAAGAACACUGUAGCUAACUUUUUUAGGGUAUACAAUAUUUUCUAGGUGUGCGGUUGUAUUUGCUGAAAGAUGUCAUGAAGUUUCUACUUUCUAGGUGGGGAUGAGUAAUGGUAGUCAUGGUUAUUCAUUGAAUAUUUUUUUUCUAGACCAUUACAAUAUUUUGUACAUUAUAAUUAAUAAUUAAUAUAACGUCCGAUGUACGGCUUUAUACUCCCUCUACAUGAGUGUGUUUUGCUAAAAAAAAUAAAAAAAAUCAUGAGAACAUAUGCACGUUCAUGGAAUUUCCGUUGGGGCUAUAAAGGAUUGUCAAAUUGAUAUAUCUCAUAGACGUUUUUAUUAUGAGUUAAAUUUUGGAACAAAAGUUUCCAUAUUAUGACUAACAAUAUUCUAUUUUUAUGACAAAUUAGUAGUCAUACUAUGGUAUAUAUUGCAUUUUUAUUUAUGUGGCUAUUUUGAAUAUUUUUAUAUUUAAAUAUUAAAAACAAGCAUCACGUUGUUAGCACUUCUAACAUGCAUCAAAUGAACAAAUUAAUUUUUUGUCUUAUAUUGGUUCAUCAGCUCAGAUGCAUAUGAUGAAGCCACAAUUUUUUUACACAUAAAUGGCGCACAAUAUAUUUAUUUUUUUAUUAGUUUUUUGUAUUAGCAUUAUCUGAUGAUGAUUAUUUAGGUCGAUUGGCUCAGUUUAUUUAGUCGAGUUGGCUCAUUUUUUAUUAGUAUUUUGUGAAUAGAUUUUUUUGUAAUUUUGAUUUAAUAUUUCUUAAUGAUUGUAACCUAAUUUUUAAACAAUAAGAAAAUUAAUUAAUUAAAAAAACUUUUAAGCUCAUAAUUGAGACAAUACCCUAUAGUAGAAACAAUUGGCAAGACAAAUUGUGCUCUAUGAGCUACAAAUCCUAAAUAGAAACUCACAAUUUUGUGAAAAUCCCACUUUCAAAACCACUUUAAGGUGCAAACAUAUAUGGAGUACUGGGACCAAGGAAUGUUGAAAACCAUUUUGAAUCAUCUGAUUUUUUUUCUUCACGUGAUUUCUUUGACACCGAAAUAGUUUUUUCACCACAGCUUUCGUAUGCCCCUCUAAUAUUUUUACCUUCAAAACUUUCAUCUUUCUAAAAUAAUAACAUUACUACCUAAUUAUUGACUAAAAUAUCUGCAAUAAAUUACAUUGGAUACAUGUACUUAACAUGUAAGCUAGGGAUGGCAUAAGAGAUUCUAAAGUACUCCAAAUCAGGGAUUCUAUUUUUUUAAUAAACCCGCAUUAAAAUUAUCAUACCCUGCCGCAUUACCCUCUUCAGGCCUCUAAUUUUAUACUACAUGAGUCCCGAAAAGGUUCGCCAUGUUACUUUUCCUUGUCAAUGAUGACAAACUUUGGACAAUAAUUUUAAUUGUUAUAUUUGUAUAUAAUUUAUAAAUUUUAUACUUUUAUGAAAAUAUAUUGAAUAAGGAACAUUUUGAUAUAAUUUUCAUAUUCAAAAUAAAUUCGAAUUAAAAAAAUAUCAUUAGUCAAAGUUGAUUGUGCCAUUGAUCAAGAAAAGUCAAUUUGACAAACCUUUUCGGGAUAGAGGGAGUAAUAUCAAAUUGACACGUUACACCAUCCCCAACUACUAAUGAAUGUAACUUACUCCAAACAAAUUUUUGCCAAACAAAUUUAUACUCCGUAUAUUAUUAAACCCAAUAUGUAUCAAGAGAUUUACUUUUUAAUAUGCGAAAUAAUUAUCCACGUGCAUCGCACGGGUACAAUACUAGUCUAUCUUAAUAUAAAAGCAAAAGAAUUGGAGGAACAGUGUUCCCGCCUACAUAUGUCAACAUCAUGUUAAUUUUUAAUUUUUCAGUAAAAUUAUUUACAAUCAAUUGUGUUCACGUGUUAAUUAAUAAAAAAUAGGGUGAGACUUCUCUACUACAGUGUUGCCGGUUCAAGGCAAUCGGUAGAUUAAAAACUGCCUGCAUUGCAAUUGGUUGAGACCUCUUUGCUACAGUGUUUUCAUUAAACUCUUGCGUGUUUGGGCAUUCAAGAAUACGCAAGGGAUUUGGAUCUUUGCAAUCCUAUUGGUUCAAGUCAUGUGGGAACAGUAAAAAAUUCAUGCAAGCAUUCUUAUUGGCUUUUGUUGGCGGUGUGCACUGUUUUCACACAUAUAUCCUAUUGUUUUAUUGGUUGAAUGGGGUGGUGAUAACUGAUAACAGUGUGUUUGAUUUUGUGUAUCCCACUCUAAUAAUUACGAGUUCACCACUCAUCUAUAAAAGCAUGCCUGAAGCAUGAAGCUAACUAACCAUUCAGCCGGAUACAAAGUGCAAUAACAUAAUUUUUUCAAUAUUCCUUUCAAAAUGGUUGGAAUGUGGUCAAUGAUAAGGGAAAUUGAUCAAAGCAGGACUACUUGGGCCAUCAAGGCCAGAGCUACAAGAGUGUACAGGGAACCUGCCCAUGAUGGUUUUCCCCCUUCUUUGGAAGUGGGCUCCAAGAUUCAUGGACACAUCCCGGAUCAGUAUAUCGGCAAAUUUUGCAGCCUAUUCAGGGAGGGUAGAAUUUACGCAAUGAAAAACUUUAUGGUAGAAGAGAACUUCAUGUUUUUCAAAACGACUACUAGCGCAUACAGGCUUCGAUUCUUUAAGAAAAGUGAAGGGUUCGAGAUCCAAAUCCCUUUCCCUUUGAGGACUUUUAAUUUAGUGUCCUUCGCUGCUUUACAAGCAGCGGAAACAAUUGAUGACAAAGCUGCUGUGGAUAUCAUUGGACAGGUCGUUCAUGAUAAAGAUCCAAAGACAAUUCUUAAAAAUGACCGUCCUAAGAAGCUUAUUGAGCUCAUCCUAGGAGAUACCGAGGGAAAUGUGAUCGGCUGCACACUCUGGGGUCCCAUGGUUGAAAUGCUGUUAACGAAUAAGUUGACCACGGCGGAACCCAUUGUCAUGCUGCUUCAAUGCUGCCGCGCAAAGAAAUACCAGGGUCAUGUUCAUGUAUCCAACAUGUUCAACACAACCAAGGUUAUUCUAAAUGGGGUAGAGGACGAGUUUAACGACUUUAGAUCAAGGAUGGCGAAUAGAUGCGGUGACGGUUUGAGUUUCACAAUUUCCUUUGAUACGUCUAAUGAGGGCGAUAUUGGCACCGGACAGAUACAACUGGUGACAAUAGAUCACCUCACCCAAAUGGAAGAGGAUGGUAAACAUUGGGUCCACGGAGAAAUUGUGGCGAUAGAUAGUCACAAAGAUUGGUCCUAUGUUUCAUGCAUUGGUUGCAGCCGCGAAGUGACACCGAAUGGUGACACCUUUAUUUGCUUAUCUUGCAAUUCAUCGGAUGUUGUCCUAAGGUAUAGAGUAAACGUAAGGGUUGUUGACAAAACUGCACAUGCUUCCUUUCUUCUCUGGGAUAGAGAGGUUUCUUGCUUGAUUGGACGUUCUGCUUCAUCUCUAAAGGAACAAAUAUCUAAGAGGAACUUUGGACCACAUUACUUCCCUGCAGAAAUCAAUGCCUUGAUUGACAUCAAGGCGUUGUUCCGCGUUCAUUUCAAGAAGGACAACAGGAGCUAUAAGGGAAAUCAGAACUUUAGUGUGCUAAGGAUGAAUACAGACCCUAAAGUAAUUUCACUCUAUAUACCUGACUCAAGUGCAGCAGAGGAGGAGGAUGACUUCACCAGGUUGAAGAAAGAGUUUUCAGCUGGUGAAAAGGUGGGUUCUUCACAUCAGGUGGUUUCGAAUAGCCCUUUACUGAACAAAGAAAAAAGGAUUGCACUCGAGGUUGAUGGAGACAAGGUGAAGAGGGAUCCUUUUGGAGAAUUUUCAUCUACCGUUGCAAAGAAAAGGAUGAAGGGCAUAAAGAUUGAGGAGCCUAAAGCUUGAAUUUGUU